CACCUCAGUGCCCUGUUCUCCCCGCCGGCCCUCGGCCGAGGCACCUCCCUCCCGCCCCAGCUCCCGGGAGGCUCGCUUGGGACGGCAUCCCUGGUAGCUCUGCUUGCCUCCCCCAGUCACCUCGUUAUUUCGCUGAAGCAAGAUUUUUAUUUUUCAUUUCCUUAUGCGUUAUAAUGACCGACUCCUUCGCAGGUGGACUUCUGAGCCUUACUUUAUAGGAGGCCGACAGGGUAAAAAUACAGCAAAGUAGAGGAGACAACAGCACAUUCUCAAGGUCCUGCGCUCCCACGAGAUUCCUCCUGUGAAGAAGCAACAAGUGAUGAACGACGUGUUUGGGAACUAUCGUCUCAAGAUGGCUGAGAACCAAAAGAGCAUGGAGAAGGCAGGUGUGAAACCUGGCAAUGUGGAAGUGCAGCAAAGCAAUGGGCAGGCCUCAGAUGGUGUGGUAUAUGGGAAACAGUUUGACCAAGUCUCUGAGGCAAAGCCAGAGUCGUUCAUGUCAUCUGGCAACAGCUUCCAAUUUGAUUUCACUCUUUCUCAGAUUGACCCAGGAGCAAGUGGCACACCUCUGGAAGCAGUCCCUGAUGUCAGUGCUGCUGAGCAGAUACAAACCAGUGUAAGAGCCACCAAGGAGAACUGGAAUGGAGCCUCGAGUUUUGCUGCCUCUGGACAAGAACCCAAGUUUGCUUUCAAUUUUGCUAUCCCAGAUGAUGACUGUUCUCUGGUUCAAUUAGUUCCAGCAAGCCAACAUACAGAGUGUGCAGCAGAUCAUGAAGUGCUGGGUAAUUCACUGCCUGCUGAAUCGGGAGGUUUGCCACGUAUUUCAGCUUUGCAGAAGCCCGAGUUGACUCAACUUACAAGUAGUGCACCCAACAAGGAUAGAAGCCAUGUCACAUUGAAGAUCCCCCAACCAGAGACUGCCCCUGGAGAUGAGCUGGUGAGAGAGAAAUCAACAACAGGUGGAGCUGCCCAGAAGAAGAAGAAGAAGAAAAAGCAGCAAAAAACAUCUGUCAGUAAAAAGGAGAUUGAAGAAACUGAAAUCAACAGGAAGGCGAAGGCAAAGGCAGAAGCUAACAGAUGUCAAAAUACUUCCCACCCAGAAGAGGUCUCUCAGCAGUCAGAUGACCAGCUGCGGAAAGAGGUGUACUGGUGUGUGGAACAGCUGGAACUUGGCCUGAAGACACAGAAACCUACUCCAAAGCAGGUCGAGGAGUCUCUCCGUGCGAUCAAGACACUGCGCAGUGACAAGGCUCCACUGGUGAAAAAGCGUCAGCUCAUGAGAGCCAUGUUUGGAGACUACAGGAAGAAGAUGGAGGAGGAUCUGUGCAAAGAGCUGAAGCUCAUGGAGAUAGCUGCAAAAUCUGCCAGGAUCGUGGAAGUGAAGGGAAGUAUCCGCAACAAGAGUGGCCAGUUCGUCCGAAAGCACUCAGGAAUUUGCAGGAAAAGCCAAGGUUCAGCAGGAUCCCCUCCAGAGUCACCCAGGACACUUAACACAGAUUCUUUCAAAUUCCUAACUUCCCAAGAAGAGUUUUACUUUAAUUUCUUUUAGGAAAGGUUUUUAGACUAAAACUGUGGCCGAAAACUGUGCCAAAUCUCCUGUAGGCUUAAAAAUUGUGGAAAGAUGCUGUAGAAAAUAUUGUGCAAGAAUCUCUGUGUAUUUCUCAAAGAAAGGAUCCUCUUUCAGAGUGCCUUAUCUAGAGGUCUAAAACCUAUCUGCCUGCUGCAUGUAUGACCCUAAGACUCGGUAUACAUGGUACUCCUCUGUUCUCACACUGUAGAAGGGCGCCUUUGCAAAAUACCAGCACAGAGUCUGGAAGGAUCUGGUUUUCUUCCUUGAGAAUUGACAUUAACCUAAGAAUCUGUCUUUUAUACUGGGAGAUUUUCCCACUUUCCUGUUGCUUUUAAAUAGAGCAGACCUUUUAUAGCAGAUGAGGCAGCGAUGCGUGCAGAAGGCAAUGGUUUGUCAUGAAGAUCCAGCAGCGUAAGCAUAAGGGAUAGUUGAAUUUUUCCGCUCCUUGUGAGUCUGUGUGAGUGCAGCUUCUGGUAUCCAGAAAGCACUGGGCAGCGUGUGUCAUCACUGCCAUCUGGAGAGUAUGAGUUCAGAAUCUUGGAGGAAAAUGAGUGAGAAUCAUCCUUGCUCAUUCAUCUCUUUAAUUGACAGGAAGAGAACUGCAAAUGCUGAUGGUAGUCUAGGGGUAUAAGGACAGCUGUUUCCAGACAGGGAAAGAUUUUUGUUGCUUGAAGCCAGGUUUUGGCCAGCUAGGAAAGAUGUACAAUCAGUUCUUAAAAAAAUAACUUUAUAAGUAGCCCAGUUACAACCACUAGUGACUCAGAGAAUAAAUCGGCUGCAUGCCAAACCUUGGGUGGUGGUGAAAUGAACGGUGAGAGCCCAAAGAAUCUUUUGCACUUGAUGUGUAUUAAAUUUUUGCUUUCCAAACAGUUGAAUUUGUGUCUCCAGUGUUUAGAUAUUGCUCCAACCACUGAGCCCAUCUUCUGUGUUCAUGCAGAAAAUCUUCCUCACUAAGGCUAAAAAAGCUGAAGGAAUUGAAGUCCUUUAAAAGGAAACAUGAUAUCAGGUGUCCCUAGGGUGCAGUGCUUUCCUUCCUUUUUAUAGUUCAGUCAUCCUGUAUGAAAAGUGAGAAAUGGGAGUGUAGGCAGAUUCCAGGGUGUACUGAGAGCAGCUGAGAGAUGGUGGAAAACAUUUGCUAGGAAAGACUAAAAAACCCUGUUGUUGGCUAAAAAAAAUACAUUUUAUUGCGAAGCUCUGAUGCAGUCAGUUGCAUCUGUGAGGGUUGCGGUUUGGGUGUUUAUAUAUAAAUAUAUACAUAUAUAUGUAUUUUAAAGAAUGCCUGUCUAGUCAUAAGGAGAAACUGAACCUGUGUAAUAUAUCUGAUGAGGAGAAAUAUGGAGAGAAGACUCUCAGUCUUCUGGAACUCAGUAUGUUAAAACUGGAAACCAAUAGGUUAUCAGACUAUUAUUGUACUUGCUGAGGAGCAUUGCUGUUACUUUCUAUGGAACAACACUAUGCAGUAUUUUUUGGAUUUCCAGGAUUUUAUAUUAAACAUACAAGAGCUGUGUCAUUGUCAAA